UGCACAGCCACGUGGGAUGUGGCUUCCCAAUAAGGCAACCCUGUACUUAGUAAGGACGGCCGUUCUGCUCGGCGAAGCACGUUAGGGUACCGCCUGGGCUCUUUCUCACUGCCCACUAGCACGCGCAUGUGGCCCAUCUGGCGAUGGAACGUACUAACCAGGAAUGGGCCUUCGUAGGAGUGACCAAUGGAUGACGGGGUUUGAAACUCGGGAAAGGUCUCAAAGUAAAAUCAGCGACUCGGGCUCAGAGAAUUACUCCGUCUCUGCCUUCUUCUACCCGUCUUCCCCAUACAUUCAGCGAUGGCUCCAGGGCAGGCAACUCCGUUCACCGUCGCAUUCAUUACCGGGGCUGCCCAAGGAAUCGGCAGAGAGAUCGCCCUCAAACUCGCGGAUGACGGCUUCAAUGUCGCCGUCAACGACAUACCGAGCAAUGCCGACAAUUUGAACUCUGUGGUGAAGGAGAUUGAAGCCAAGGGACGCAAAGCGCUGCCCGUGUUGGGUGAUGUCUCCGAAGAUGACACCGUCAAAGCCAUGGUCGAGAAGACGGUCGAAGUCCUUGGUAGGCUCGACGUAAUGGUAGCGAACGCCGCUGUCGCGAUCAUAAGUGAGAUCGUCGAUCUCGACGUGAAACAGUUUGAUCGCGCCUUGGCCAUCAACGUUCGAGGAGUUAUGCUUUGCUACAAGUACGCAGCGAAGCAGAUGGUCAAGCAAGGCAACGGCGGACGAAUCCUUGGGGCUGGUUCAAUCCUUGGCAAACGCGGUGGACCUGCUGCCGCUGCUUACGUCGCGCCCAAGUUCGCUAUCAGAGGUCUCACGCAGUGUCUCGCUAUUGAGCUCGCGCCUCACAAGAUCACCGUCAAUACGUACGCUCCUGGUGUCAUCCUCACCGCCAUGACUGAUAUGGGCGCUCUUGACGAAGCCAAGGGUGGUGGUCAUGGUACUGCCACGAAGUGGGUAUGUGGGCUUCCGCCGGACGGCCCGGCUGCAGGCCCGGAGGUUGUUGCCAGUCUUGUGUCAUAUCUGGUUAAGCCCGAGGCGUACUUUAUCACAGGCCAAUCGAUCAAUAUAGACGGAGGUGUAGAUUUCAACUAAGCUUGGUCUGCAUAAGCUCCAGAUUAUUGGCGCGCAAGGAGUGUAUAAGCGAUCUGUACAUUUAGAAAGUAACUGUUACCAGUCAGAAGAAUCCAUGUACACAUGUAUACUCUUUCAACCCCUGUUAGGACCGCUCACGGUGCUUCUUUACUUCAACAUUUCAAUAUUCACGCGUC